UUCCUGCUACUCCCCUCCUCAGUAUGGAGCCCCCUUGACUGAUUCUGGAAAUGAUGUGCGUACACGUGAAGCACGUGUGAAAGUGGCCCCGCCGCUGAGAGGAGAAGAUCCAAACAGCGGCUUUUCGGCCAGCUCUUUCUCACUCAUGAUUGAACUCGAUGCCGGUCCUGGCGGCGAGUCGUCGACCCUUGUUUUGAGGGGGGGCUUCCCCGGCCCAAGCGAUACCGGUCUUUGGUUGCUGGCCGAGGUCCUAGCCUUUUCUUCCCCUCAGUCGGGCGGGUAGGAGGCGUUUCUUGGCUCUGUUUCUGCUCCACAAGCUGCUGCGGAGACGGAGAACGACGACGCCGGAUCUCCUGGAAAAUGAUCAGAAUUGCAGCGUUGAAUGCCAGUUCGACUGUUGAAGAUGACCACGAAGGAACCUUUAAAAGCCACAAAACUCAGACAAAGGAGGCACAAGAAGCAGAAGCAUUUGCUUUAUAUCAUAAAGCUUUGGAUCUUCAGAAGCAUGACCUGUUUGAAGAAUCUACCAGAGCUUACCAUGAGCUACUUGAGACUCGCCUGCUACGAGAGGCAGUCCCAUCUGGUGAUGAGAGAGAAGGGUUAAAGCAUCCUGGCCUAAUGCUAAAAUAUUCUACUUACAAAAACUUAGCUCAGCUGGCAGCACAACGAGAUGACUUGGAGACAGCUAUGGAAUUUUAUCUUGAGGCUGUAAUGCUGGAUUCCACUGAUGUCAACCUGUGGUAUAAAAUUGGUAAUGUGGCUCUCAGGCUUAUUCGCCUUCCCCUAGCACGACAUGCUUUUGAAGAAGGUCUUGUGUGUAACCCAGAUCAUUGGCCUUGCUUAGAUAACCUUAUUACUAUCCUCUAUACGCUCAGUGACUACACAACAUGCUUAUAUUUUAUCUGCAAAGCACUGGAAAGAGACUGCCAGUACAGCAAAGGACUUGUUAUUAAGGAGAAGAUUUUCGAGGAGCAGCCAUGCCUCCGGAAGGACUCACUUAGGAUGUUCCUUAAAGGUGACAUGUCAAUCCACGAUGUCAAUGUGAGUGCAUCUGAAGCAAGGGCAAUUAUUGAGGAAGCCCUAGAGCUGCGCAGGAAAAGACAGGCUUUGAUGACACGGAAGAGUGAGCCGGAUCUGAAGCUUAUCCAGCCAAUUUCCCUUUUCACGUGGAAAUGUCUUGGAGAGAGUUUGUUGGCAAUGUAUCAACACAUGACAACUUGUGAACCGCCUCAGCCCAGUCUGGGCAAGAGAAUUGACCUCUUGGAGUAUCAAGAUCUGGACCAACACUUCACUGCCUCCACUUCUUCAGCUCCUGUUAGUGUCAUCCAGCCCAACCCAGUGAGCACUAAUCCUGUAAUAUCUGUGACUGAGCCACUGCUCACAUACACACCAGUGACGCCCACCUUUCCCAGUUCAACUAUUUUAGACUCAGUAAAUUGUGCAGGUGAUUCUUCUGUGGGUGACAAAUCAAAAAAAGGAGUGAAGCGGAAAAGGAUCACUGAAGACAGCGGUGAAACCGCAAAGAGACGGUCUGCUAGAGUGAGGAAUACCAAGUGUAAAAAGGAGGAGAAAGUUGACUUUCAGGAACUGCUGGUGAAGUUCCUUCCUUCACGCCUAAGGAAACUUGAUCCAGAAGAAGAAGAUGGUGCUUUCAGUAACUAUGAGGUCCAAUGUGAGGCCAAAGAAGAGAACUUCCUGCCUGCUGGUUCUAAUAGAACAUCGUUUGACUUGACCUCCUGCGUGGAAUCUGAGAAGCAGGAUGUUCAUAAAUUCCUAUUGGCUAACUUGAACAAUGGGGGCAUCCUGGAACUGAUGAUGAGAUAUCUAAAAGUGAUCAGCCAGAAGUUCCUAGUCAAGUGGCCACCUGGGUUAUCUGAGGUUGUCUUGAACAUCUAUAACAACUGGAGGAAGCACAGCAGUAGCCUGCCCAAUCCGCUGCUAAGGGACUGUAGUAACCAACAUAUCCGAUUCUGUGGUGUGCUUCUUUUUUGUUCUUUCAGAUUUGACUCCUGGGCUGGCAUGGCUCUAGCUCGGGCAAGUCGAAUUCAAGACAAAUUAAAUUCUAAUGAGCUGAAGAGCGACGGCCCCAUUUGGAAGCACGCCACUCCAGUCCUGAACUGUUUCAAAAGAGCCCUUGAAAUCGACGGCUCCAACCUGUCUUUGUGGAUUGAGUACGGCACCAUGUCCUAUGCCCUGCAUUCUUUUGCAUCCAGGCAGCUUAAGCAGUGGAAGUCAGAAUUACCACCUGAGGUGGUGCAACAGAUGGAAAGCCGACGGGACAGCAUGUUGGAGACAGCUAAGCACUGCUUCACAUCAGCAUCACAGUGUGAAGGUGACGGGGAUGAAGAAGAGUGGCUGAUUCAUUACAUGCUGGGCAAGAUUGCUGAGAAGCAGAAGCAACCUCCUGUGGUCUACCUCCUUCACUACAAACAGGCAGGUCACUUCCUCCAUGAGGAAGCGGCCAGGUAUCCCAAGAAGAUACACUAUCAUAACCCCCCAGAACUUGCAAUGGAGGCCUUGGAGGUAUAUUUUCGACUUCAUGCCUCUAUCCUGAAGCUAGUGGGAAAACGUGACUCUGGAGUGGAUGCAGAAUUACUUGUCACUUUUAUGAAGGAAGCUGCUGAGGGACCAUUUGCCAGGGGUGAGGAGAAGAAUACCCCCAAAAUCAUUGAAAAGGAAAAGCUUUGCAUGGCGGAUGAGGACUCUCAUUCUUCUGCUGGAACAGUGCCAGGCCCUGGGACUUCUCUUCCUUCCUCCUCUGGUCCAGGUCUGACAUCCCCACCCUACACAGCAACUCCAGUUGACCACGAUUACGUCAAAUGUAAAAAAACCCGUCAGCAGGCAACACCGGAUGACCGGAGUCAGGAUAGCACUGCAGUAGUGCUGUCAGAUUCCAACUCUACACAAGACCUGUUUACUGAACCUGCCAGCUCGCAAGACAGUGCUAAGAAACCUUUUCCAGAGACGAGGCCUUAUUCUUCCUGCUUAGAAACUGCUGCUCCUGGCAAAGAGAUCCUAGGACCUGCAGAGGGAAAGACAGAAGAACCCUUGGAGAACCCUGAAUUCUGCCAAGCAGCUGAGCAGAAGCUAGAUCUUCAGUCACCAUCUGGCAUCUCCUCCAAAGCCUCAGCCUCCUCGCUUUCCCAGUGGGACUCUAAAAGGCAAUCUGAUCCUUGUGCAGACCAGUUUCCUCAGAGUCUUCCAGUAGAUCUGGAAGAGCAACGGCAGUUCCUGACAGAGCAGUGCAUCACCUCCUUUCAUCUGUGCCUGAGCCGUUUCCCUCAGCACUAUAAAAGCCUCUACCGGUUGGCUUAUCUCUAUGCGUACAGCAAAACUCACAAGAAUCUUCAGUGGGCUCGAGACGUGUUACUAGGCAGCAGUAUCCCAUGGCAGCAGCUGAAGCACAUGCCAGCACAGGGUCUCUUCUAUGAGAGGAACAAGACCAAUUUCUUCAAUGGAAUUUGGCGCAUCCCCGUGGAUGAAAUCGACCGCCCUGGUAGUUUUGCCUCUCACAUGAACCGCUCCAUCGUCCUUCUGCUGAAUGUGCUAUCCCAGCUCAAGGAUUAUGGCACCCUGCUGAAAGUCUCAUCUAUGCUCCAGAGGACCCCCGACCAGGGAAAGAAAUACUUGCGAGAUGCAGAUCGCCAGGUUCUUGCCCAGCGCGCCUUUGUUCUUACAGUGACAGUGCUGGAGGACAUGCUGAAUGAGUUCACAGAGGUUUCAGAAGAUCAAGAUUCUGAGCACUGCAGCCUUUUGGGGGGAAGGAUGACAACGGAUGUCUCUAACAAAACUAGUUCUGAAGAAGGACAUGAGAGCCUCCCCAAGAAGACAGCUUUGCCUGACGGGGGCGUGGCGGCAUGUGGUGCCGAAAAUGGGAUAAAAGAAGUAACCCAGGGGCAGCCUCUCACUGCUAUGGACACUGUGGAACAAGAGAAUAAAGGUGACAAAGAAAUGAAGGAGACGUCUCGACCGGGCUCAACUGAGCCCAUGGAUUUUGAUGGGUAUUCCAAUGACCCUGAAAAAAUGGAUUCUUCCUUUAAAUGCACCGAGUCAGCUCGAAUGAUAGCUGGCAGGAUCUCCAAGGACAAAACCUCUGAGACCCGGACUCCGGAACUUUCACUGGAGGACUUGAGCAUCAGUUCUAAGCAUCAGCAGCAGGAGGCAGUGAAGGUCCGAAUGCCAGCAGUUCCAGCAGAGGAGGUCAUCCAGAGACCAAGCAGAAAGAGAAAACUGGCGACUGAUGCAGAGUCAGGGAAGACUCUGCUUCUGGAUGCUUACCGGGUGUGGCAGCAGGGUCAAAAGGUCAUGUCUUAUGACCUGGGCAAGAUUGAAAAGAUCAUGUCCAAGACUUAUAUGCUAAUUAAACAGGUCGAUGAAGAAGCAGCCUUGGAACAGGCAGUCAAGUUCUGCCAGGUGCACAUUGGAGCAUCAGCACAAAAGCAAUCCACAGGGGAAACACCCACCACUCCAAAGCCUACCAAGGACAGCAGAGAGAGCUUCUUCCCAGUAGCUCCCAUAUCACUGAGUCUCCCUUCUUCAGUGAACCCUGACUGUCUGACUUCAGAGAACUUUUUGAGGCUGACUGACUUGCCAUUGAAGCCGAAGACAGCCUCUCCUUCCUCAUCUGCAGCUGUGUUGCUGCCACCACAGGCACAGAUGGUGGCAGAGAGCAUAGAGAAGGCUCCUGCUGUGCCCUGCCUUGCACUUGAGGAGGAAGAAGGGAAGAUGGACCGGCCUUUGGAAGGGCUUGGCUUUCAGCAGCAAGAAUCUUGCCUUUGCCAGCAGAUGAAGAUGGCAACCGUUGCCUCCUCAUCCCAUCCUGCUCAUUGGCAAGUGACACUGGAGUCAGCAACCAGUGCAAGCUCAGGACAGGUCUGUAGCCAAGCAUCUGGUUCCAAGACAGACCCACAGCUGUUGGAAAGCCAACAAAGCAAGGUUGACAGCAGCCGAGCAAAAUCACGCAUUUUGGCUAACAUGCCAAAGCUUUUCAUCCCGUCGUCCAUCACCAAAUUCCCACCUGAGAUCACCGUCACCCCACCAACUCCUACUCUGCUAUCUCCCAAGGGCAGCAUUUCAGAAGAAACCAAGCAAAAGCUAAAGUCUGCUAUUCUUUCGGCCCAAUCUGCAGCAAAUGUGAAGAAAGAGAGCCUCUGUCAGCCUGCUCUGGAGAUUGUGGAAACCUCAAGUCAAGAGUCCUCUCUGGAGAGUGAUACUGAUGAAGAGGACGACUACAUGGACGUAUGAUGGUGCUCCAUCGCAUUGCAGCUGCGUUGCCAGCCAGCCUCUUGCCCCCAUGGUCCCCUUUCAGCCAUUGUUGCCUCACCUUCGCACAGAAUGCUGGCUGUCCCUCCUCACUGUCCAUGGGAUUCCACACACCUGGUCUCAGAACCUUGCAAGCCUGCAGCAGCUUCUCACUCAUUCUCUUGUCUCCAAGUCUGGCCUGCUGGCUGAGCAGAGAGCUUGGUCUUACUGCCGAAAUCCUGCAUCGCUUGUUCCAUUCAGCAAAACAAUGGCUUAUUUGUCUCAAUGUUGGCUUAAAGAGCCAGGUGGAAGAGAACACUUGUGGGUUCUGCCUCUUCCAGUUUUCUCAGCCAAGUUGCUUAAACUGAGGGGUGAUAGGAUAUUUUGGCGGCACUGGAAAGGGUGCGGAUUUCAAUAGCGUUUUGGUAAUGUCUGCUGGGUGGUUUUUUUACAGAAUGACACAAAGAGAGGGCUUUUAAAAAAUGCAUCUGCAAAAAGAUUGAUUGCAUUUAUAUGGGGAUGAUAAAGGGAACCAAGCAUUUUUCUACUGAAUGUUAACUUUGUACUAUAAUGAAUGCCUACCCUGCACAGAAAAAAGAGCUGUGUCACAAACAUAACUCACAUAGACCUUGCCUUGCUGGAUUUUGAUUUGUUGGGGGGCGGGGUGGGGGUGGGGGACUUUGAGUCAAACAAAUUGUGCAGUGCAGAGCUUUAUAUAAAUAUACAUUUUUGUAAUAAAGUGAAGCUGUGUUCACCUGAA